CAUGUAUUCUCAUAUCAGCAUCAGGUCCCUUGUAACUAAGUCUAUGUCUAUGAUUUGUUGGAUCACAUUCAAAGUGGUCUCUUACUUUUUCCCUUUCUAAAAUCAGAACAAAUCGCACCUCACAAGUCACAAGUCACCAGAACACGCACUCGUUCCUUUGCUUUAGGCCAAAGUUGAGCACAAAAGAAUAUAAAGAUGCUCAGAAUAAAGGGGUGAUUAGAAACUACAAGAUAUAUGAGAAUUCAGCAAAGCAUCGAUCAUGUGAUGAUGCUUCAUUCUUUGCUUGUAACAUAACCAACUCUAUUCAUAACGAUUCUUCUUAAUUUCAGGCUUGACUGUGUCAUGAUUUUCCCAUUCUCAAAAUAAAAACUGAACAACAUUUCACUGUACCCUUUUCAAAUAUUUUAAGGCUAAAGCCUUAAAGUUCUACAAAAGGGAACAAAAUGGGGCUUAGGAUUGACCCAAGUGCUGUUUUUCUGCAUCUAUGGCCAUUCACAGAAUGAGGAGCAAUUUGAGUUUUGGUGUUGAUGUUUAGUUAACUAGUUGUGCUAGGAGAAAACUGGUUUUUAGCAUCCGGCUGUGUGGUUUUCAAUCUUUAUCAUCUCUAGAGUGGUCUAAGUUCGAAUCUUUUGUGCUUGAGGGGCUGAAAGCAAGAUGAGUUUGUAGUGGAGGGUUUUAAAGAUCUCAGUGGAGGAGCAAUGGAACCUCCAACAGGAUUUUGGGCUUCAAUAUGGAACUUUGUUUGCUUUCUGCCAUUUUUCGUUGGUCUUUGGCUUCUUGGCAACAUCAAAGGUUUACAAUCAAUCAAACUUACUCAAACUGCAUUAUGACUUCAGGUGUCAUUUUUUGCCCGUUGGUAUGCUUAGUAAUGACAAUAGGCAACUCAGCUAUCAUACAUGGUCUUUGGCCCAUACAUUGUGUUUGGACAUAUUACUGUGUAGUGAGAUCUAAAAAAUUAGGACCUGCACUGAAGUUUGUUACAUGCACAUGUAUACUACCCUCGGUGUUGAUUUUAUGGCCAGUGGCUGGCAUUGUUGGGAGUGUUAUAGGUGGAGCUGCCUAUGGAUUUUUUGCACCAAUAUUUGCUACUUUUGAAGCUGUAGAGGGAGGAAAAGAGAACAAACUUUUCCACUGUUUUAUUGAUGGAACAUGGAGCACCAUUAGAAAGACCUUUGAUAUUGUCAACGAUGUGAAAAAUGAAUGCUAUGAUUCUUAUUUCUCGUUUAUGGAUGAUCUACUACAACCGAACGGGAAAUAUUAUGAGAUCAGGCUGCGAUAUCUUCCUGGUGCUAUUGUGGCUGCGGUUCUUGGGAUCAUUAUUGACAUGCCUGUUAUAUCAGUUGUUGCCAUAUUUAAAGGCCCUUACAUGCUUUUCAAAGGGUGGAAGCGUUUGUUUCAUGAUCUCAUGGGUCGUGAAGGCCCUUUCUUGGAGACAAUAUGUGUGCCUUUUGCUGGCCUUGCUAUUGUUCUGUGGCCACUGGCUGUUGUUGGGGCAGUUCUGGCAUCUGUGUUAGCCAGUUUCGUUCUUGGCGGAUAUGCAGGUUUUAUUACUUAUCAGGAAUCCUCUUUCUUGUUUGGCCUGGGGUACAUUGUUGCAGCUGUGUCCCUUUAUGAUGAAUACAGCAAUGAUAUUCUUGACAUGAAAGAAGGAUCCUGCUUCCCAAGGCCACGAUAUCGAAAAAUUACUGAAUUGAAAUUGUCAAGGACACCUUCCCGUUCAAUUUCCCUCCCAAAAACAAAGUCCUUAACAAAGACACUUUCUCAUGCAUAUUCACUGAAAGAUAAUAUACCCGAGUUCAAACCAUUUGAGCUGUUGGAUGGCUUGUUCAAGGAAUGUCAUCAGCUUGGAGAAUCACUGGUUUCUGAAGGGGUGAUAACACAUGAAGACAUACAAGAAGCAAAGUCAGGUAAAGGGAGUAGAGUCAUUAGAAUUGGUUUGCCAGCAUAUUGCCUUCUCCAAGUACUCAUGCGUUCUGCAAAAGCCAAUUCCCCUGGUAUAUUGAUAAGUGAAGAUACUGAACUAACUACCUCAAACAAACCGAAGGAACAAUUUUUUGAAUGGUUUCUUAAUCCCCUUUUAAUCAUUAAAGAACAAAUCAAAGCUGAAAAUCUUAAUCCGUCAGAAGAGAAUUACUUUGGCAAAUUAGUCCUCUUCAAUGGUGAUCCUGAGAGGAUAAAAAAAUCAUUUAUUGGCGCAGCCCCUGAAUCUGACCGCAAACGUGCUGAACUUGAUGCAUUGGCAAGGAGGCUUCAAGGGAUCACCAAAUUCAUCACAAGGUUCCCUACCUACAAGAGGCGUUUUGAUGUUAUCUUAAACACAUUAUCUGAUGAGCUUUCUGAGAAGCAUGGAACUACCAAAAUAAUUAGAUCAAAGAGUGCUUUUCCUCGGAUUUUAAGUUUGAAAUGCCAAACACCUAAAUCUAAUGAUUCUGAUCAAGAGUCUAAACAUACAAUAAUAGAUUUGGAAACUUCAUCAUAGGAACAUCAUGGUAUAUUGUCACAUAAUUUUAUCUUGAAAAGCAAGUGCAAAUCAUUACUUUGUCUGCUUUUGUUA